AUGGCGUCUGAGAUCCCGGCACUCCCGCAGUCCUUCUCUCCGGGCACCGACAGCGUCUUCUCUGACCAGUCCGGGUUCCACUCACUGGACUCCAACGUUCCGGGUCUGUCCAAGGUGAUCCUGAACAAGCUCAACUUGGACGACUACGGACAAUACAGGGCUGCCCUGGAGGGCAAAACCAAAGGAAUCACCUUCCGGAACUACAAGGAAAUGUUCCAGAAGAUGGAGGAGACCUUCAAAUUCUGCACCGGCUGCAGCAAACUUCCGGGAGACGUCGGCGAGGGGAACGUGCUGAGGCGUUGUGUCAAGUGUUUGAACGUUUACUACUGCUCCAAGGAUUGCCAGGUCAAGAACUGGCCCGAGCACAAAAAGUUCUGCAAGACGUUGCGUCUGGUGGCCGUCGACAGGCUGGUGGAGUGGCUGAUGUUCACCGGAGACCUUCCACUUCCUACCGAGAAGUGGUCCAAGCCAGCCGCCGAGGUAAAGGCCUGGCAGGACUGGCAUGCCCUCCAGGAGGACCGCCUCACGGCCCGUCUGGACGCCGUCCUGACCUGCGCCAACAUGGAGGCCCUGUGGAAGAACGCCGGCAGGCCCAGGCCGGACGACUGCGACCUGCGGCAGUCCGUGUGGCGCGUCCAGAGCGAGUUCCUCUCCCGCGUGCUCACGGUGGGCUCGGCGGCGCGACACUACGGGCUGGACCCUCACGCCAAACCGCUCACUAUCCACAUCGCGGGAGCGUCCCAUAAUGAGACCAUGGGGGCCAGGUUGACGGACUACGACGAGCUCAGCAAAAUGUUCCCGGGUCACCAGGGCAUCGAGGUGGUCAUGGUGGGACCGGAGGUGGUGGAGGGCCCCAUCAUGAGGCCCCCUCUCAGAGCCUUCGGGCCGAAGACGAGGGUCUACAUCAGCGCCUACAAGGGCCUCUACCAUCAGUUCUGGGAGGAAGUGGUCGAGAAAGAGGAAGCGGCCAAACCCGACUUGGUCGUCGCCUUUCAUCCCGGUUUCCAUGCCACCCAGGGCCUGGUGGAGGGGUGGCUCCCCAGCCUCCUCCUGCUCCGAGACUACAACAUCCCCUCCUACUUCACCGUGUACAGCGACAUGGAGCUCAAGUACUCGCUGCAAAUCCUGCUGGAGUUGGAGAUGCACGUCGGGGACAGUGGGCCCAAUCCGUUCGCGUCGCAGAAGCCGGAGCAGGUGCAGGCCUGCCCCAACAAAACCGCCGUGUACUGCAACUCUCACUACAUCGCUUUCCGAGGACUGAUGCCAGGGGAAGACUGA